AGCCAUUUGUCGAGAACAAUCCGGUCAUGAAAUUUCAAGAAUUCGCAGCCUUGAAAGACAUAAAAUCCAGUUGAAGGUAGAUUUUCGGGGAAUGUGAACCAACAGAAAGACAUUUCCUAUAAAAUAACUGGCAAUAAAUUCUUCCUCCACUACAAGUGUUAUCCUUCUGCUACUCCGACGCGUUUAAGCAUUAUCAUACGCUUCGCUUGCAAAAAUUCAUUUUUUCAAAAAACCUCUGAAUUCUUGAACAGAACGGUACGAAUUAUGGAGCAGGGCACACCGAGGGCUGGAUCUGGAACCGAUGACAGUCUGCGCUUCAACCUAUCAAUAACGUUCGUCGACGACGUCCCGAACACUUCGCAAAAGCUCGAGUCCCAAAGCCCUCGUGUGGUUCACGAUGACGAGCAGCACGGUCCAGCAGCCAGCAGGUCGACGUCGAAGGUCGUGACGACGGCUGAACAGCCUCAAAAGUCCGGCGAGAGCAAAUCUGGUCCUGAAGGAAUGUCAGUGGACGCAUUCCUAGAACAUCUGCAGACCCUGGCUGGGGAAAGUGAACAGAAGACGGAGGCGGAAGCAGGAGUGACUCCUCGGGCAAACCAGGUCAUCACUCCAACUUCUGAGGUCUUGGGGGCGCAGCGGGAAACUCAAGAGCAUCACAUCAACGGAUCGUUAUUCCUCGAAUCGCGGCAACUGCAGAAGUUCAUUAAAAUGGCAAUGAACUGGUUGAAAAACGAAGGCCUACAAACCGGAACAAAGCUCAACGUCAACGUGGCUGCGCAGGGCUUGGAUUCUGCCAGAACUGCCGAAGAAUUCCACGACGAUUUAGAAGAAAAACAAGAGAGUUUGAAACGGACAUUGAGAGACGACGCCGACGUCCGAGUAAUGAAACGGCCACGUCGAGACACACUAGCAGAGUCGCAGAUCGACUUCUGUUCAAAUGCACAAAAUUUGCACGGAUUUGAUCACCAUGGCAGUUGCUGGAGGAAUGCCAAUCAGCUCACGUCGGGUCCGAAUUGCUACCGCGACUUCCUGCCAGCCCACGGCACAGCCAGACAGAUGCCGAAUCACCACGUUCACCGCCAACAGGUGCAAGACCAACACUCGCGAAAAGUCCACAACACCUUCAAACACACCGACAAGCUUUGUGAUGUGAAUCCGAUCGUCGACUCGGAAGCACCUGAAGCCUGGCCACUUCUCUCCAAAAGCAUGAGCCGCUUUUCCUGCGCUUACUUCCGCCGCUAAAAGAAAUUCUUUUCAAAAAUUAAUUAUCCUUAAAUUUGUGAACCCAAAGCAAACUUCUUUACACAGAAUUCACCAUGCUACGAACAAUUUAUCUUCGAGUUUCUCGGAAACUGAAAAUACACUGAAGUUUCAUUUCUUUAACGAAAA